AUGUCCAACAGCAGCUCCAUCAGCCACUUCCUCCUGCUGGCAUUGGCAGACACACGGCAGCUCCAGCUCCUGCACUUCUGCCUCUUGCUGGGCAUCUCCCUGGCUGCCCUCCUGGGCAACGGCCUCAUCAUCAGCGCCGUAGCCUGCAGCCACCACCUGCACAUGCCCAUGUUCUUCUUCCUGCUCAACCUGGCCCUCAGCGACCUGGGCUCCAUCUGCACCACUGUCCCCAAAGCCAUGCACAAUUCCCUCUGGGACACCAGGGACAUCUCCUAUGCAGGAUGUGCUGCUCAGGUUUUCUUCUUUCUUUUCUUUAUCACAACAGAGUUUUCCCUUCUCACAGUUAUGUGCUAUGACCGCUACGUGUCCAUCUGCAAACCCCUGCACUAUGGGACCCUCCUGGGCAGCAGAGCUUGUGCCCACAUGGCAGCAGCUGCCUGGGCCAGUGGCUUUCUCAAUGCUCUCAUGCACACAGCCAAUACAUUUUCCCUGCCCCUGUGCCAUGGCAGUGCCCUGGGCCAGUUCUACUGUGAAAUCCCACAGAUCCUCAAGCUCUCCUGCUCACACUCCAAACUCAGGGAACUUUGGCUCAUUGGGGUAAGUGCUCUUUUAUAUUUUGGUUGUUUUGUGUUCAUUGUUUUCUCCUAUGUGCAGAUCUUCAGGGCUGUGCUGAGGAUCCCCUCUGAGCAGGGACAGCACAAAGCCUUUUCCACCUGCCUCCCUCACCUGGCCAUGGUCUCCCUGUUCCUCAGCACUGGCUUUUUAGUCUACCUGAAGCCCCCCUCCAUCUCUUCCCCAUCCCUGGAUCUGGCCCUGUCAGUUCUGUACUCGGUGGUGCCUCCAGUACUUAACCCCCUCAUCUACAGCCUAAGGAACCAGGAGCUCAAGGAUGCCCUGGGAAAACUGGUGACUGCAACUUCAGAAGCAAGAAAUUCUCUUUUCUGCUACAGAACCUUCAGAAUAUAA